AGAUCGUAAUCAAUCACUGUUGUGCAGAAACGGAAGACAAUUUCAUGAAGACACGGACGGACAGCAGGUGGUUUUGGUGAUACAAUGGACAGUGAGUCCAAGGCAAUAACACGGACAACACACGGUGCUUACAAAACCACAUCUACAUCCACUACUGGACAAAUCAAGCGAGAGGAUCAGAUGCUCUCGGGCCAGGAGCACGCGGGAACACCAGGAAACGCGGCGUUGCUGCAAGGCAUGAUUCCCGACCAGCUGAUGGCCGCCAUGCAACACUCUGCAAGCAGCAACCUGCUCAACGGAGCCGGUCUCAGCAAUGGCGAGAAGCGCGAGAGUGCGUCAGGUAAAAUCUCACAGCAGUUGCCGGGCAUCAAACACCUGGCGGAGUCGUCUGCGGUGAUACCUUAUACGUCACACACGUCUGGUAUGUCAACUGCGAUGACGACGUCACCUCAGAACGUGAUGAGCAGUCUGGCAGCAAGUCAGCAACCCAGGCCCCUCACACUGCAGCAGGCUGCCCAGCUCCCCUUCAUCAUAGCUCCCAACACCCUGCCUCAGUUACCUCCAGGGACACAGCUGCAGACCCAGCAAAUACUGAUCCCCACUUCAACGGGUAUGACAACCCAACAGAUCCUCAUUCCAGUAUCCCUGGCAACGGCGACGGCCGGCUGUUCAGCGCAGAACGUGCAGCUAGUCACGUCGAACGGGCAGAUCUUCGCCGCGUCGCUAGCCGGCCUGCAGGGUUUGACACAGCCUUUAAAUAUCCCCCUUCAUAAUUCAGGUGUGACAACGGGUCAACAGGCAGGUGCUAUCAGCAGUGCUCAGGUGGCUACAGUACCUCAGUUUAUCACUAACGCAGCCGGGCAGUUGGUGGCUUUCGGUGCACAGGAAUAG